AUUUUAACCCUUGCCUCGGUAUUCGCAUCACACAGCACGCUAAAAUCCAAAUCCGAUCAAAUUCAGAGAGAUGGGAGUGUUUACGUUCGUUUGCAGGUGUUCAGACGAAGAGUGGACGGCUAAGCAGCUGAAUGGCGAGCUAGAGUCGUCGGCUGGCUCCACCUACGAUCUUCAGCGCAAGCUCGUCCAAGCCGCUCUUUCCGCCGACUCCUCCGGGGCCGUCCAGUCAUCCUUCUCUUACGUCACUCCUUCAUCCGCCGUUUUCCAGGUGAUUAUUGGUGGUGCUGUUGGUGGUGGUGCAUUCAUUGGAGGAGGUGGAGCUGCAGCUGCUGCGGCUCCUGCUAGUGGUGGAGCAGCUGAGGCACCUGCUGCUGAGGAGAAGAAGGAAGAGAAAGAGGAAAGUGACGAGGACAUGGGAUUCUCUCUCUUUGAUUAGUAUAUUUGUUUCGUCUUCUUAUAGUUGCCUACUUCUAAAUGUUACUAAUUGGUUAAGCCGAAAUUUUGAUGAUAUGAAUUAUGGAUUCACAGACAUUGCUUGCUUUUAUUUGGUAUAGAAUAUAUAUGGUGAAAGAUUGUUUAGCAUAACUGCAUUUUUCAGUAGCGUUUACCUCUGCUACAAAUUUGAGAUGGCAAUGGAUAUGCAUUUUCUGCUUUUCAUUA